AUGGCGUCGUUGAAUCUGGAUGAACACACGCUGCGCAUGCUCGUCUGGGAGCAUUGCUGUGCGUCAGAGGAGCAGAGCUUGCAACUGCUGCAACUGCGCUCGGUUUCUCGCUGGUGGCGUCAGCAGUUCGACCUGCGCCGGAUCCAGCCGUUGUAUGGCUUUGCCCUGCCGGCCGUGGCACAUGUGGCGAUGCACUGGGGCAUGUUCACCGAACAUGGUGUCAUUUCCACCCAAAGCUGGCACCGUGACAGCGAAGUGGUUUGGAUCACAGACCCAGAUGAGGAUCAUGGGGAUUUCGAGGGCUACAGCGAAGGCUCCAAGAUCUCGCCCUGGCAAGCGUAUCAGCUGUGGCAUGCCCUGUUGCAGCGAGUCUGCGCUUGGCACUCCUCCCAAGGCAAGCCACAACCGUUUGGCCAAGGCCUUGAGGUGUGUCGUUUACAGCUGGGUCCACGAGGACGUCGUCGGGACAUCGAGGUCUUCCAGCCUUAUGCGGAGAGGUCCUUCCUCUUCAUGAGAAUGUCGCCGGCAGAACGACAGGCUGCAAUGCAAAAGUUUUUUCCGCCCUUCAAAGAUCUAUGCAGCAAGUUCAUCAGGUGCGGCGAGAAGGUGAAGGGAACGGCCGCGGACGGUGCUCGGCUAUCUCGACUUUGCCCCUUUGAAGGUGCAUGCCCCGUACAGCCGCUGCAUCUCUUUGGUCCUCGGGACGCACAAAAGGACGACCUGACAUCGACGCACAGUGCGGAGAGUGGUGGUCCGAUGGAGGGUGAGGAUGUAGAUUGUCUGAAGACAAAUUCGGAUUCGCACGCAGGCAUUGCAAACGGAUCAAAGCUGAAUUGCUGGCAAAUGUGA